GGGCGAUCGCUCGGCGCCUGCGCCUUAGCCGCCAGUCUGUGAACGCGGACAGCGGGUGAGCGUUGGAGCUGCUGCGCGCGCAGGUGACCCGAUCAGCCGUGACAUGUCGAAGAAGUGCGUGUUUGUGACCGGCGGCGCCGGCUACAUCGGCUCCCACUGCUGCGUGGAGCUACUGCAGGCCGACUAUGACGUCGUCGCCAUCGACAACUUCGCCAACUCCAGGCACACGGGCGCGGGGGAGGCUCCAGCUUUGAAGCGGGUGGAAGAAAUCACUAGCAAGAAGCUCACCUUCUACCAAUGUGACCUGCUCGAUGCCGAGAAAGUCAACGCAAUAUUCGACAAGCACCAGAUAGACUACGUCAUCCACUUCGCAGCCAUCAAGGCGGUCGGUGAAUCGAUGCAGUUCCCACUUCUCUACUACAAGAACAACGUCAUCGGCACCAUCAAUCUUGUCGAGGCGAUGAAAGCUCACAACGUGUACCACAUGGUGUUCUCAUCAUCGUGCUGCGUGUACGGCGACCCGGAGCACCUGCCCAUCACCGAGGACCAUCCCACCGGAAACGUCACCAACGUGUACGGCCGCACCAAGUACCUGAUCGAAGAGAUGCUCAAGGACCUGACCCACGCCGAGCCGAAGUGGAACAUCAUCUCGCUGCGGUACUUCAACCCGGUGGGGGCGCACCCCUCCGGCCGUAUCGGCGAGGACCCUACCAAGAACUUCACCAACUUGAUGCCGUACAUUGCCCAGGUGGCGCUUGGAAACAAGCCACACAUCAACGUGUUCGGAGGAGACUACAACACGCCCGACGGCACUGGUGUCCGAGAUUACAUUCACAUCAUGGACCUCGCGUCUGGCCAUGUCGCUGCCUUGAAUAAACUGAGCCAGGAGCACUUUCGGUACAAGCCCUAUAACCUGGGCGUGGGGCGCGGACUCAGUGUAUUUGAGUUGGUCGGCCACUGGGAGCGCGUGACGGGCAUACGAAUCCCGCGGCGGAUGACCGGCCGCCGCGUCGGCGACGUGCCGACUCUGGUCUGCGACGGCGCUCGGGGCCAGCAUGAGCUGGGCUGGAAGCCGCGCUACAACAUAGACGACAUGUGUCGGGACAUGUGGCGCUGGCAGACCAUGAAUCCGCGCGGCUACCAGGACGACUGCGACGCCGGGGCGGCGGCUACCACGGGCCAGGCUGCGCUGGCCAAGGCGGCGGCCGUCACCAACGGCGUUGCCAACGGCGUAUCGAACGGCGUCAGUGGCCACUGAGGCUGCUGGAGAGGCGCCGCCGACCCGGUGCGCUCUCGACAACAGUGCACUCGCUCCUACCACUCGCGCCGAGUCGACUGGCAGCAGGGUCGGCUCUCACUACUGUCGGCUUCGUGUCUCGUGCCGCAGGAUCGCCUUUCACUGUCGGCUCUGUGUCUCGUGCCGCAGGAUCGCCUUUAACUGCCGGCUUCGUGUCCCGUGCCGCUGUCCAACCACGUUAGUUUCUGUCUUCCAGGUAGCAUAUUGUUAACACAUUGUUUAGCGAUCGAUCGCUAUAGUUUUCUUCAGUCGCACACUGCCCAGGGAACGUUCACUAAUUGCUGUUAAGGAUGUGACAGUCUUUACGUUGUUAAGGGGGCUGCUGUCCGUCGUGAAUGUGUGCUGACGUCUGCAGAAUGGGACGGUUGCGUUGUCUAUUUAUUUCCUUCAGUUAGUUCUGGAAAGCUUGCGAACUGCUAAGGAAGGGCCGGUUGCUGGCGAACAUAAAACGUAGAAUGCUCAAGAACUCCGACUGAGGCAAUGCGCGAGCACCGGGCGCACCAGCGAAGCGGGCCGGCGCGCCGGCGUGGGACUCGGGCCCUGGUGUUCGGCUACUGACUUCCGCCUGAGCCACCCCUUCCCCAGCUACGGACGGAUGGACGGGGAGCCGAGCGUGGGACUCGGGCCCUGGUGUUCGGCUACUGACUUCCGCCUGAGCCACCCCUUCCCCAGCUACGGACGGAUGGACGGGGAGCCGAGCGCGGCCAGCCCGGUCGUGACGUGUUCGUGAGCCGUGAAACCCGACCACGGUCAGGUGCCGUCCUAGCACAUCACCAGAUGACGGCACCAGGCACCGCCCGCGCCAUUCAUGGAAGGCCGGUCGCGCUAAAACAUGCCCGUUCCGCGUGAUCCUUCCUGUCCCGACAAAGCCCAGGCCUCGGCGCGUGUCACACACAAUGUUAAAGGCAUCGGUGACUUGGCUUGUGCGGAUAUGUGCUCGCGUUGUAUUCGGCAGUAAUCGGUGAGAGAAACUCCGACAGCAAACCCACGCCGCUCCGUUCGAGUUGUUGCAGUGUGCACUGGCCGCUGGGUCACGCCAAUCAAUCAGAAAUACAUUCCUCAAUUCCAAGCAA